CUCUCACUCAGUCAGUGGACAGCUCCUUCUUCAAAACUAAUGGAUUGAUUGAGGAUCACAGUCGGUGCAAAAAAGAGCACAAACGAGAGACUAAAGGAGAUAAAGCAAAAGCCUUUUUUUCAAGAGACGAACCUGUUGAAAAACGAAGCGUGCAUUUCGUGUUUUAAAAUGUAAUCCUUAUCGAAAUUAACAAGUGUAAAAACCUGGAUUUUUUUUAUGUAUGGAUACAAAAAAUAUUUUAAAUGCUAACUUUACCGUUAAUUGACAUAAUGCUACAGUUUGUAGACUGGUGUUCAAAUUCCAGCAUGGAUGGCUUUAAAUGGGACCGUGCAUAAGGACUGCAGCUUUCUUUUGAAAUAAGGAUCAGAACCAUCACCCAGAAUGGAUCCAACACCUGAAUAUUCCCUCUUCCUGGAAAGGAUCUUGGAAGAGCUAGACGCAAAGCACAGCAGCGUUUCUUAUCAGGAUCUGUGUAAAUCCCUGUGUGCCAGGUUUGAUUUGGCUCACCUGGCCAAACUAAGGAGCCUUCUGUUUUAUACAGCUUGCUUGGACCCCAGUUUCCCUGCAACCUUAUUUAAAGAUAAGAUGAGGUGCUCAAUGGACAACCAGCAAUCCAAGAAGAUAAUGGUCGCCGCAGACAUUGUCACCAUGUUUAACUUGAUUCGAAUGAAUGACGAGGAAGCCAAGGAAAAAUUACCCAUUGCACAGCGGCCCAAAUUCCGUAAACAUCAAUCUAUCGAAUCAUGUCGGUCAGACUCUGAAAUAUGCAAAUAUUCUGACUGCGUAACAAACUGCGAGUUGUUAGACGCCAGGGAGCACUCAAGCUCCCGCACGUCACCAUGUCCCAAAUCAAACUGCAGCAACCCACAGCAGUUCAUUCAAACCUCUGAUCCAAACUUCUUGCUGGGAGUUAAUAAGGAAAUGAAAUGCAGGGCUGCUUCACUUGACCGGCUUCAGAUGCUGCAUCAGUUUUCAAACAGCAGUCCUCCACCUUGUGAAAUGCAGAGCACCUACUUUCCAAUGGAUAUCGACAGCGAAUCCACGGACCAGGACUCAUUGCAUAUGAAUUUGGGGAUUAAGGAGACUUUUAUUUCAAACGAAGAGCCUUUUACAGUACACUCCUGUGUGCAGAAGAGAACUAUAUUCAAGGAAGACUUCCACAAUCUUGCUGCGUUUACACCACAGGUCCUCACUACAGAUUCGCAACCAAGUGAUAAAGGGGUCGGAGGGCACAACAGGAGGGAGAAUCAUAAGCCAGCUACUUUUUUUAAUCACAGUUUUGAACUGCCAUAUAGCAAUCCCUACUUUGAGCCCAUAAGCUCCCCUGUACAAGAGAAAAGACGAGCAAAACAUGAAAGCCUGGAUGAUCUGCAAACAUCCACUUAUUUUGGACCCACCACUGUGAUGGAAGCCCCAAACCUAAGGAGACCAUCAUCAAGGCAGAGCAAACAAGCAGCCUGGCCCGUCAAAAGUCUGAGUCUGAACACAGAAGAAGGACCCAAUUUUGAAGCAUCUUUUUUUAACGGAAAGCAGUCAAAAGACAACCAUCGUCUGAAUGUCAGUAACAUGGAAAAGGGUCAGCAUUACCAGUGCUCCAAAGAGCAAACAGCAAUUUCUCCAUCAGGGUUUGGUAUCAAAUCCAAUGGUCAAAAAACGAAAGAAAUGAGUUCCAAGUCUAGCGGUCCAUCUGCGGAAAAGAGGGACGGCAUGAAAAGGUUUAAAGACAAAAGUAUGAAUUGUACAUCUUUGCAGGCAGUGGAUAUAGACAACACUUCAAGUGUAGGAACACAAACCGAUCAACCUGACCAGAGAAAGAAGGAGUUUUCUAACACAAAACACAUGAAAUAUGGAGAAAGGCACACUUUCAAGCAUUCCGAUGAGGAUUCAGAAGUGGUCAGUGAUGAUAUCAGUGAUAUUUUUCGAUUCCUGGAUGACAUGAGUGUUUCCGGCUCUACUGUUAUCCAGUCAUCCCGUUACAACAGCAAUGGGUCCCUGUCUCAAGUGACAAGAUCAGAAGGAGAUAGCUCACCCGAGCACAACAUGGUCGCAAAGUACAGCAAAAAGUUUGACAAAUUAUUUUAUUCACAAGAAAGUGCAGAUGAUGAUCUGAAGGCCAGUGUGUGCAAACUGGUCCUCAGGAUAGGAGAGAUAGAGAAGAAACUUGAGACUCUUUCUGGGGUUCGAGAUGAGAUCUCUCAGGUUCUUUCCAAGCUGAAUAAGCUGGAUGAAAAGAUCCAAGAGCCGGAAACAAACAACAAGCAAAAUGAACUGGACCUAGCCAAUGAAGAUCAUUCAGAUAAUAAUGUCUCACCAAGAAUCUUCCAGUGCCAUACCACUGGCCACGCCAUCAAACAGGACAACAACCCGGAAUGGUGUUGUUCAGAUGUCAGUGGGAGUAAUAGUGAAAGUUUAAGGGUUAAAGCUUUGAAAAAGAGUUUAUUUACCAGAAGGUCGUCCAGAUCCUUAACGGAGGAGAACAGUGCUACAGAGUCCAAAAUUGCGAGCAUCUCCAAUUCUCCAAGGGACUGGAGAGCUACCUCCUACUCCAUCUCUGCCAGUGAGGAGAUGAAGGAAAAGGAGAGAGAAAGCAAGGAACGGCACAGGAAGUCCAAAGAGACAGACAGGCAGUACGAAAUCCCCCAGGCACACAGGUCCUCGAAGCAGCCGAAAGAUUCCUACUUGAUAGAGCAGGUCUUCAGCCCUCACCCCUUCUCCACGUCUGUCAAAUCGCACAAGAGCAACCCCCUCUACACGGACAUGAGGCUGACAGAGAUGUCAGAGUCCAAGCGACCCCAUCCUUCGUGGACAAUCGAGGAAUACAAACGAAACUCAGGGGAGAAGGGGAAGCUAGCAGUGCUGGAUCUGCAAACUCAAGAAUCUUUAAAUCCAAACAAUUUAGAGUUCUGGAUGGAGGACAUUUACACGCCAGGCUACGAUUCCUUACUCAAGCGCAAGGAGGCUGAGUUCAGGAGAGCGAAGGUUUGUAAGAUCGGGGCUCUGAUUGCAGCGGCAGUCUGUACGGUUAUCUUGGUCAUAGUGGUCCCAAUUUGCACAAUGAAAUCAUAACAUGUAAAAGUUGUUGUAUUAUAUACAGCUGAAAUGUUAUUCUUAAAACCAAUUUAACAAAAAUUAUAUAAAUAUAUGUAGCAGUGGGUUGACAAGAAAACUGUGUCAAGAUUUUUGUAAACAAUGCUCAUGUACAUUUCAUUGUGAAUAUUUUCAAAUUAAAGAUGCAUCAGGUUGAUUGCAUUUUGAGAAUACUUUUGAGGUUUAUUUUCUAUUAUCAUUUUCUAUUAUAUUACUUUAGCUAAAGAAUAUCAAGCGUUCGAAACAUGGUCAGGAUCUGUUUUUUAAAUCUAGUUAAUUCAUGUUUGAGUGCAGAAAAGGGAAUGGCGUGGCUUCAGAAGUAUUUAUUUUUGCGUUGAAGGAAACACUUUUAAAGUACGUACAAAAUAAGUUAAUUGAGGAAUAUAAAUGCAAUUUAAAACAUCUUGUGCCAAAGUCACAAAGUAGACAAGCAACGAUUUGAGAGAGAGAGAGAGAGAGAGAGAGAGAGAGAGAGGAUUUUAUUUUCCACUACCCAUAAAAUACAGUACUCCCAGUUUCUGAUACUUCAGUUGUCUACAAUAUACAUCUAAACCAUCCAACAUUAGGAACACUAUGCAAAAUGCAUUGCAUUGUAGCAGAGAACAGAUAUGUCAGGGGACUUUCAUUAAGGCAGGGAACAAAUCAGAAUGAUAGCACUGCUAUUGCAAUAGCUAUUGUAUGACUACUGAGUAACAGAGCCUUGUCUGUAAAGCAGUAAAUGCACUAAUGUCUAAUUUACCAGUGUGCUAAUUAUUGAGAAAUAGGGCUUGUAUUAUAUAGUGUCACUAUAGUGUAUAAUUUAUUUCAGGCUUAAGUUGAAACACUAAGAGAUGCCAUGCAGUGUGAUGAAGUUAGAAAUGUUUCGAGGGCAAACCAGUACUGUGUAUACAGAAUGAGAAACACGGUUAUGCAUUGAUUAUGAUAUUGAUUUAUGAUCCAUUAAAAUAAUAAUAAAAAGAAAUAACCACAGGGUCUGUUUUAAUGAAGUAAACUGUGGCAGAACUAAAAUCCCGCCACCUCUUAAUUCUAUAUAAACCCCACAGGUGUUUUCAGGUUAAUACAUUGCCCCCGCAUAACAUCCUUGAAUAAUAUAAAAGGACAGUGGAAACAGGUCUGUGGUUGAAGUUCGGGAGUUUUAGGCUGGUCAUGUUCAGAGCUGCGAUUGUGUAGAUCCUUUAAGUCUUGGGUACUUACUGGUUGUCGUAGAUCUAUCUCAGUUACUUAUUACUUUGUUAUCCACUUCUUGUCUGCUCACAACGCUCCGGCCCUGGUGCUCAGUAGAAUCCUGCUUCCAUUCAACCAGGCAGUGAAAGUCUCACCACAUAACUGUCCCGCCCCUUGAGUAACAUGGUAUCAAGCGCUUCUAACUCAGCCUGCCGAUAUGUAAUCUCUUCAAGGGCCGAAGAAACAGUAAUUGCUGCCAAUCUAAACGUCCCCUUCAAUGUCAGUGUUCCAAUCACAACUUCAUUAAUAUCUCUGUACACAAAAGUACAUGUAGCUGAACUGACUGACCUUGGACACAGACAUCAAUUACUGUAGGGCGAUAGGGAUGAUGGGCAGGGCUUUUGAAUGUAAUAAGUUUACAAAAACCUUGUGAUCAGUCUUGUGACCCUGCCUUUAAUAUAUAAACUGUGAUCCGUUGCAUACUGUAGUCUUUUAUAAAUAAUUUCAGUGUUAAUACAAAUGCAUUAUGUAAGCACUGGUGUAACGACAGUAGAAUAUUAAAACAUUACUGUUCUGACUGUU